GUCGUGACUACCGCGGUUCGUGAUAAAUCUGGGAAGGCAGGAUACAACAUUUCCAGUUUCACCGAUUCAGUUGAAAACGAAUUGUAAUAUAUUUAAGCUGUUUUUUAACUCCUGUUCUGUGAUCGUUUAUUGAUUUUAAAUGACAAUACUUAAAAAAAUCUUCCUUUGGAUGCUUUUAUCAUCAGAAGACACUUGUUGGGACCAUAUAAUAAAUAAAAGGGAACAAACUGAGGAUUUGAAAAUCAAAAACCAUAAUAUUAAAGAUUCAAGUUGUUCUCUUAUUCCUGAAAAUCAACGAUUCGAUUGUAAUCCGGAAGAUGGAGCUUCAGAACUUGCCUGUGGUGCUCGAAACUGUUGCUGGCAAUUUUCUGAAAAAAUUAACAUUCCUUCUUGCUAUUAUAGAUUGGAAUGGAAAGUUUAUGAUUAUGAGAAUUUAACGACUCUUGAAAACGGAAUCGAUUUUUCGGGUUUCUUGAAAUUAAAUGGAUAUUCAACUUAUUAUGAAGAUUUGCCUCUCGUAAAAAUUGAAUCGACAAGUAUUGAUGAUUCUACAUUACGUGUGAAGUUAUACGAUCCUUUAAAAAAGAGAUACGAACCUCCAUGGCCAGUUAGGUCUGAACCGAAAUCGUUUAGUGGAACUACUUCUUAUGUAUUAAAAAUCAAUAAAUCUAUACCUGGCUUUUCAGUAAAGAGAGUUUCUGAUGGAACGACAUUGUAUAAUUCCAGUGGAGUUGGUGGCUUUAUAUUUGCCAAUCAAUUUCUGCAGAUGAGUGCAUUAUUACCUUCUCAUAAUAUUUAUGGUCUUGGCCAACACAGAGCAAAUUUAAAAUUAUCAACAAACUGGAAAAUCUUUACUUUUUUUAACGCAGAUCAACCUGUCACAGAAAAUGCAAAUCUCUAUGGAGCACAGCCGUUUUAUUUUGUGAUAGAAAAUACCGGCAAAUGUCACGGUGUUCUCUUCCUUAACAGCAAUGCAAUGGAUGUUAUUUUACAACCAACUCCUGCUAUAACGUUCAGAACAAUCGGAGGUGUUUUUGAUAUUUAUUUUUUUAUGGGACCAACUCCAGCAGAUGUAAUGAAACAGUAUUCGAAUUUUGUGGGAAAACCUUUUUUACUACCAUAUUGGUCAUUAGGCUUCCACCUUAGCCGACUUGGCUAUCGUACUUUAGAGGAAACAAAAGAAGUUUGGAAUAGGACAAGAAUGGCGCAAAUUCCUUUUGAUACGCAAUGGAAUGAUUUUGAUUAUAUGGAUAGGCGUAAUGAUUUUACUUAUGAUCAACAGAAAUUUAAAGAUCUUCCCCAAUUUAUACGAGAACUUCAUGCCGAAGGAAUGCACUACAUUCCAUUAAUUGACGCUGGUGUUUCUGGCACAGAAAAAAGCGGCUCGUAUCCUCCUUUGGAUGAAGGUAUUCGUCGAGGUAUAUUUAUCAAAGAAAAUGGUACCGAUAUACCAUUUCAAGGAAAAGUUUGGAAUCCGAUUUCCACAGUAUGGCCGGAUUUCACGAAUCCUGAAACUGAAGAAUAUUAUAAAGAAAUGAUGGAGAUGGCACACAAGAAUUUUGAAUUUGAUGGUGCAUGGAUUGAUAUGAACGAGCCUAGCAAUUUUUACAAUGGACAUAUCAAUGGCUGCGUUGAAAAUAAUUUAGAUAAUCCACAGUUUGUGCCUCAUGUGGUUGGAAGGCAUCUAUCAAGGAAAACGUUAUGUAUGAAUUCCAAACAAUUUUUAGGAGACCAUUAUGACCUCCACAAUACUUAUGGCACAGGACAAGCUGCAGCUACAAAUUAUGCUUUGGCGAAAAUUCGAAGAAAGAGACCUUUCAUUAUUUCGAGAUCUACUUGGAUCGGUCAUGGGUUGUAUGCUGGAGCUUGGACAGGUGACGCUUACUCAUCAUGGCAUAGUUUAAGAUUCAGUAUACCAGAAAUUCUGACGUACAGCUUUUUCCAAAUUCCGAUGGUAGGAGUUGAUAUUUGUGGUUUUGAUGGAAAUGUCACGAUAGCUUUAUGUAACCGCUGGGUGCAAGUCGGAGCUUUUUAUCCCUUUGCUCGAAAUCAUAACUCUGAUGAUACAACUGAACAAGAUCCUGUAAAAAUGGGAGAGCUGGUGGUAAAUUCAACUCGAAUAUCGUUAAGGAUUCGAUACUCAUUAUUGCCAUAUUUAUACACACUUUUUUUUCGAGCUCACAAAUUUGGAGAAACAGUUGCGCGUCCCUUAUUUUUUGAGUUCAUCAAUGAUUCAACAACUCAUGACAUCGAUUCACAAUUUUUGUGGGGUAGUUCAUUAAUGAUUAUUCCGGUGCUUGAUGAGGUAGCUGAUAAAAAUGAAAGAGUUCAAGCUUAUAUUCCUCGUGGAAAAUGGUACAAUUUUCAUACAAAGGAACCGAUAAUUUCAUGUGGAAAAAAUAUGACUCUAACAGCUCCUAUUGAUACGAUUCCUCUGCUGAUACGAGGUGGAUUUAUUUUACCUAUGCAAAAAGCUGAUCUCACUACUACAGCGAGUCGAAAAAAUCACUUUGAAUUGCUAAUUGCUUUAAAUGAAGAAAAUAGAGCUGAAGGAGAAUUGUACUGGGAUGAUGGCGAUAGCUUAGAUUCAAUCCAAGAAAGGCAAUUUCGUUGGUUAAAAUUUACUGUAGAAAAUAAUACUCUUCAAAACAAACUAAUCGAAGAUGGUUUAUACGAUGGAAAAAUGACUUUAGGAAAAAUUCAAAUUGUAGGUCUCGAAAUGAAAACUGUUCCACGAAUUAUGGUUAAUGAUAACGAUAUUAGGAAAGAUCAGAUAAUUUUUAAUAAGGAGCUAUCGUAUUUACGCGUUGAAAGUCUUUAUUUGAAUCUUAAACAAAAUUUCACUUUAUCGUGGAUGGAUUCUUGAGAAUUUUGAACGACAACAGCUGAAGUUUUAAUAAUAAAUCUAAUUCACUGCA